GCCGUCAAUGAAACACCUUCCCGUCGAGCCGACGACGCCUAUAAGUACCUCGUCUGAUCGCAUCAUCACUCCCAAGUACUACAACCUCUGGACCUCUCACCUAGCGCACAUCCAUGGCGCGCUUCCUCGUCGCCCUCCUCGCCGCCACCCUGGUCGCGGUUCAGGCUGGAGGGCAGCUGGGCCACGCGGCGCCGGCGACGGCGGAGGUGUUCUGGCGCGCCGUGCUGCCGCACUCGCCAUUGCCCGACGCUGUUCUCCGCCUUCUCAAACAACCCGCAGCAGGUGUUGAACUGCACACAGAAGCCACCAGCUUCGUGAGGGAUGCCGAGGACAGGCCCCCCUUCGACUACCGUGAUUACAGCCGCUCGCCGCCCGAUGAUGAACCGAGCAAGAGCACCGGCGCCGCCUCCGGGGCGCGGGACUUCGACUACGACGACUACAGCGGGGCCGACAAGCUCCGUGGCGCCGCCUCCGGGGCGCGGGAGUUCGACUACGACGACUACAGCGGGGCCGACAAGCUCCGUGGCGCCGCCUCCGGGGCGCGGGAGUUCGACUACGACGACUACAGCGGGGCCGACAAGCUCCGUGGCGCCGCCUCCGGGGCGCGGGAGUUCGACUACGACGACUACAGCGGGGCCGACAAGCUCCGUGGCGCCGCCUCCGGGGCGCGGGAGUUCGACUACGACGACUACAGCGGGGCCGACAAGCUCCGUGGCGCCACCGAUGAAUACAAGGCGCCGAGCAGCAGCCUCGCUGGAAGCGGGGCGUCCAUGGCUAGGGGCGGCAAGGCGGAGACGACGACGGUGUUCUUUCACGAGGAGGCGGUGCGCGUCGGCAAGAGGCUCCCAUUCCGCUUCCCGCCGGCGACUCCCGCCGCGCUCGGUUUCCUGCCGCGCCAGCUCGCCGACUCCGUCCCGUUCACGACGGCCGCGCUGCCUGGCGUCCUCGCGACGUUCGGCGUCGCGUCCGACUCCGCCACGGUGGCCAGCAUGGAGGCGACGCUGCGCGCCUGCGAGUCGCCGACCAUCGCCGGGGAGUCCAAGUUCUGCGCGACCUCGCUGGAGGUCCUGGUGGAGCGCGCCAUGGGAGUGCUGGGGACCCGCGACAUCAGGCCGGUGACGUCGACGCUGCCCCGCGCCGGCGCCCCGCUGCAGACGUACACCGUCCGCUCCGUGCGGCCGGUGGAGGGGGGGCCUGUCUUCGUGGCGUGCCACGACGAGGCCUACCCGUACACCGUGUACCGGUGCCACACCACCGGCCCGUCCAGGGCGUACAUGGUGGACAUGGAGGACGCGCGCGACGGCGACGCGGUGACCAUCGCCACCGUGUGCCACACCGACACGUCCCUGUGGAACCCGAAGCACGUCUCCUUCAAGCUCCUCGGCACCAAGCCCGGCGGCACGCCGGUCUGCCACCUCAUGCCGUACGGGCACAUAAUCUGGGCCAAGAACGUGAAGCGCUCGCCGGCGUGAGCGACCCGGCCAGCUCUGUGGUCUCGCCGGAACUAAGAUCGAUGUACUACUACUACUAUCUGUUUCCACCUACGUCUUCUGUUGUUCAGACCACCAGAUGGUCACCAGAGCAGCGCUUGUAAUAAAAGAACAGCUUCUGCAGAGCUGUGUUUAUUUACAUUACAUUUGCAAUUCGUAUUCAACUGCCUACGAAAAAUCUGUACUUUUGCAUGUCACUGUGCCACAGAUCCACUAGCAUGCCAAGAAAUGGCUUUCUGGACCGCUGAAGUGUACCAAUAUGUCUGUUCGAAUCAUAUUCUUGUAGAAGAACAAAGGGACAUUUUGUAGAAGAAACAUAAAGAUCUUUUUCUUGCAGAAGGAAUAUGGCAGGACCCUGCCAUUUGGCUAACAAAGUGACAUUCUGUAGAAGAAACAGAAAGAAAUUUCUCCAAGGAAUAUGGCAAGACAUCUGGCUUUUGGUUGCGAAGGAAAAACGACACUGUAAAAGAAACAGAAAGCGUUUUCCCAAUAGGAGAAUAGUUUUGAAAAUAGGCCAAGAAACACGUAGCAAAUAAUGUUCACACAUUAAGAUCUUUUACAAAAUAGGUGGCUACCAUGCCUUGCCACUCACAGAUUAGAAUAUCAUAGUCAUUACCCCUUAACACUUUGUAGAUAUGGGUUGCAGACUUGCAGUAUCUAUCUGAAUAAGUGUAGCAGCUGACGAAAAUCUACUAAGGAAACAUCUGCAGUUGAACAGCGAAACUACAUUUACUAGGGAAAAACUGCAUCGACAUCUACUAAAAA